AUGAUUGCUGCCUCCCGCCUACGGCUGCUGUCCGUCGCGCAGCGCCAGAGCCGGAAUCAGAUCCAGAACCACAUUCUUGGGCUCAAGUCGGUGAAAAGUGCGCCAAAAAUUUUCACCCCACCAGACUCAAGCCCAGCUACGGCUUGUCGCGAGUUAGGCGCUCGGCUCCCUGCGUCUGGGCUCCCUAACUUUUCUCGCCCGCCGUCACUCUCUUUUCUUUCUUCUCCUUUCUCUUCUUCUCCUUCAUUGAUACCCCGUGUUUUAUCCUCACGAGUCCUUCACACCACAGCCAAAAUGUCCAACGAAAUUGUCCACCCCACCAUCCAAGCUCCAACACUAGAUGGCUGGUUCCGCGAAAUCUCCAACAUGUGGCCCGGCCAGGCCAUGACCCUCAAGGUCGAAAAGGUCCUGCACCACGAGAAGAGCCAGUACCAGGACGUGCUCAUCUUCAAGUCCACCGACUACGGCAACGUCCUCGUCCUCGACAACGUCAUCCAGGCCACCGAGCGCGACGAGUUCUCCUACCAGGAGAUGAUUACCCACCUCGCCAUGAACUCCCACCCCAACCCCAAGAAGGUCCUCGUCAUCGGCGGCGGUGACGGCGGCGUCCUCCGCGAGGUUGUCAAGCACGACUGCGUCGAGGAGGCUAUCCUCUGCGACAUUGACGAGGCCGUCAUCCGCCUGUCCAAGCAGUUCCUCCCCCACAUGUCCGUCGGCUUCGACCACCCCAAGUCCAAGACCCACGUCGGCGACGGCUUCAAGUUCCUGGACGACUACAAGAACACCUUCGACGUCAUCAUCACCGACUCUUCUGACCCCGAGGGUCCCGCCGAGAGCCUCUUCAAGAAGCCCUACUUCCAGCUUCUCCACGACGCCCUCCGCGAGGGCGGUGUCAUCACUACCCAAGGUUCUGAGAACCAAUGGCUCCACCUUCCUCUCAUCACCCAGCUGAAGAAGGACUGCAAGGAGAUCUUCCCCGUCGCCGAGUACGCCUACACCACCAUCCCCACCUACCCCUCCGGCCAGAUCGGCUUCAUGGUCUGCUGCAAGGACGCCAACCGCAACGUCCGCGUUCCCCUGCGCAGCUGGACCCCCGAGGAGGAGGAGCAGAAGUGCCGCUACUACAACGCCGAGAUCCACAAGGCCAGCUUCAUCCUGCCCACCUUUGCUAAGAAGGCUCUGGAGUAA